AUGGUCGCUGCCGACGUCGCGCAGGCCUACGCUGACGGACGAGUACCCACGAACAUAUCAUACAUCACGCCUGAUUAUCUGAGCCAGUCGCGCGAUGGACCGGCUAUAUCAGGGAUUCUGGCAAUCUACAUCAUCACCACUGUUUUGCUCAUUUGCCGGUUCACCUCUCGAAUCUUUAUUGUCAAAAGUUUCGGGCUCGAUGACAGCAUUGCGGCCUUCUCCUGGGUUUGCUAUACGGCCUUCAUGGCCCUCUGUCUAGUUCUGAUCUAUGAAGGCAGUGGUCGGCAUAUUGCUUACAUCCAAUAUGUACUCACUUUGCCCGAGGUCGAAAAGACAGAGGUGGUCGACUACGCAGCGCACCUGAUCUACACAGCGACCCUGUACUUCUGCCGGUUGAGUGGUCUCGCUUUCUUCUCGCGCAUUUGUAGCACGCAUCCGACUUUUCGCAUCGCCAUCUGGGCUUGCGGUGCAUUUUUGACUGCAGCUUUCAUCGUGCAGUUUCUUCUCAUCCUUCUGCAUUGUCUUCCAGUCACUGGUUUGUGGCCAUAUGCAUGGCAAACGACCUCAAGAACGUACAAAUGUCUCAAUUGGGGUGUCGUCUAUGUGACCAAUUCAGGCUUGUCUUUGGUCAACGAUAUUUUUCUUUUCAGCAUACCGAUAGCAAUGAUCUCAGUUCUGCAACUUCCCAAAGGUCGCAAGAUCAUGCUGACUAUUGUCAUGCUUCCAGGAACACUUGUCAUUGGCAUCUCAUGUGCACGACUCUGGCUCUGCGUGGUUGGCCAAUGGCGAACAGAUGGCUCCUGGUACUAUGACCCACAACUGGUCAUCGAGGUCGCAGAGAUCGGAGGCACUUUGAUUGCUCUGUCAGUCCCUAGCUACAAGCCGAUCUUGAGCAGGUGGUAUGAUCGCAUGAAGAGUACUGUCGAAGCCUCCCAUGGACCCAAUUCGAAGUACGGCGAUGGAAUGUCAAGACGCAAGAGUUCGGUCCCAGCACUCUGGGGAUCGCAAGUAGCGGACUCAAAGCUGAAGACAUCCGUUCAGAGCGGCGGGAAGACAACAACAGGGUCCAGAGGCUCAUCAGACAACAGUCUGCUCAAUCCGGAUGACAACAUCUACGUGACGACGGACGUUGAUAUGAGGUCGAUCCCGAUGGCUAGAUUGAGGACGGAUAGCGAGUGUUGA